CGAGACCGCGCCGGCCGUGCGCUCCUCCGCCCUCCCUGCGCCCGGGUCUCGCCCAUGUCUCAGUACGCCCCCGGCUCCGACUUCAAGAGGGCUUUGGACAGCAGUCCCGAGGCCAACACUGAAGAUGACAAGACCGAGGAGGACGUGCCCAUGCCCAAGAACUACCUGUGGCUCGCCAUCGUCUCGUGCUUUUGCCCUGCGUACCCCAUCAACAUCGUGGCUUUGGUCUUCUCCAUCAUGUCUCUGAACAGCUACAACGAUGGUGACUACGAAGGAUCCAGGCGGCUUGGGCGGAAUGCCAAGUGGGUGGCCAUCGCCUCCAUCAUCAUUGGCCUUCUCAUCAUCGGCAUUUCUUGUGCAGUUCACUUCGCAAGGAAUGCCUGAGGAGCCAUCGGGAGGUGUGCUGAGAGCGUGGAGGAUGGACCUCAUCUGCACACACCCCAAAUGAGUUUCCAAGGAAAGGAUCCUUGAC